GACAGUAAACUGUCAUCCAUGUCAUAAAAGAUGUACAAAUCAAGCAAAAAAUGUGUUUAUAAAACCAAACAAUAAACCAUGUAGGGAACUGCCGCAAACCAAAACACCUUUAUUAAUUUAAAGAUACACCAAAAUACCGCUUUCAUAAUGUCUGAAAGGAUUAAAAACCCAUGCAUGGUUUGCAAGCGCCAAGUUACGGCCAAAACGGGCCUGCAGUGCCAAGGGUCUUGCAAAUCCUGGAUCCACUUCUCUUGUUGCAAUUACACCCCUGGAAAAAUUAAAGAUAUCAAGGCCAAAGUUAUUAAAGUUCGAUGUCCAUGCCCGGACUGCUCUACACAAGGACCUAAAGAAGUUAUCAUGAAGGACAAUAACUUCACAUGCGUCAACAAAUCCUGUCCCAUGAACAUGCCGCCCUCAUGUAAGAAAGACAAACUGAAUAAAAUGAACCAGAAACCCUCGCCAUGUACAUUCUCAUGCAAGGAGUGGCCGGGUGUUGCGUGUAGCGGCAAAGUCUGCAGUGAACAUACGCAAGAAGAAUGCUGCCCUCCUCCGCUCGCGUAUCCUAUUCCGGGCCCACCACCGACACCAAAGUGUCCGCCGCAGGUGCCGGCGCCGUGUAUUCCAGCGCCGACGUACUGUCCGCCACCCACAUGCUCGCCGGGGGCGGAGCCAUGUCCACCGCCGAAGCCAUGUCCAACCAUGCAGAAUAGGACACCUCCGAUGUAUUCGCCUCAGCCAAUAACGCCGCCCCGUUCGAACUGUCCAUCGCCGUCUCCAGCUCGUCGUAUAUCACCUGCGGCUACCCCAGUGAUGCCUUCUAUAAGUCUCGUGGAAAACAUGUGCGAGACCGUCGGGAUGUUGAGUGACCAGCUUAAUCAGUUGAUCUCUAAGAUGACCACCGUUUAAAUACUUUAAAUAAUUGUACGUAUUGAAUUUACACACUGUAUAAGGAAGUUUAAUUUAUAGUUCAUUUUAAUAUAUUUUGUAUAGACCAUGUACUGUAAUUUAUUAAUUAUUGUAAUC